CUUUUUUUUUUUCUACAUCGAACUUACCAAAACUGGAAAACAUUUUCCACAUUUCUUCGCGUCUCUGUUCCUCUGCCCUAAAUCGUCUCCUCUGAUCAUGGUGAUGUUGUAAUUUACUUCUACUUUGGAUUCAUGUGUUAAGGUUUUGCAAGAUGUUCAAAUUUGGAUCAAAGUCCCGGUUUAGGAGGUUAGAUGAUUUAGAUUCUAGAUCAUCAUCUCCCAGUUCCUCAGCCGCUAUAACCAGACGCGGAUUCGAUGGACUAAUUCAUCCAACCGCAAAUCCCGCUAAAUCAUUCAAAAAAGGGAUUAAAAAUGGAUCAGAAAGACUUAAAUCAAUCGGCAGAACCCUCGGAUUCGGAGGGUCUUUCGCCAUUUUCGCCGAAGAUCUUAAAGUAUCCGAGAAAAAAAUAUUCGACCCACAAGAUAAAUUCCUUCUCACAUGGAACAAAUUCUUCGUAGUUUCAUGCAUCUUUGCGGUAUCUGUGGACCCGCUUUUCUUUUAUCUUCCGGUUUUCGAUCAAUCUAAUGCUUGCCUUGGUAUAGACCAACAUUUAGCCAUUAUAGCUACAACUUUGCGGACCAUUGUUGAUUUGUUUUAUCUUAUUCACAUGGCGCUUCAGUUUAGAACCGCGUAUAUUGCACCGUCAUCUCGGGUUUUUGGACGGGGUGAACUUGUGAUAAAUCCCGCACAGAUUGCUAAAAGAUAUUUGCGGUGGUAUUUCAUCAUCGAUUUCCUUUCUGUCCUCCCGUUGCCACAGAUUGUUAUCUGGAGGUUUCUGCAUAGGUCCAGAGGUUCGGAUGUACUGUCGACAAAACAAGCGUUAUUUUUUAUGGUGUUACUUCAAUAUAUUCCAAGAUUCGCAAGAAUCGUGCCUUUGACUUCGGAACUGAAAAGGACUGCCGGCGUUAUCGCGGAAACCGCGUGGGCUGGUGCUGCUUAUUAUCUGUUGCUGUACAUGCUUGCCAGUCAUAUAGUGGGGGCGUUUUGGUAUUUACUAUCCAUAGAGCGUAAUAUAACAUGUUGGCAAGAAGCUUGUGAAAAAAGCGGUCACAAUACAAGUUUCUUGUAUUGUGGAAAUAACCACAUGCCAGGUUAUAAUAGCUGGAGCAAUAUCAGUAGCUCGGUUUUGACCGAAAAUUGCUCGCCAGAUGGCGACAAUCCACCGUUUGAUUUCGGGAUUUUCAAGCAGGCUUUGACAUCUGGCAUUGUUUCGUCAAAAAAGUUUGUGUUAAAGUACUGCUACUGCCUGUGGUGGGGCCUGCAGAAUUUGAGCACACUUGGGCAGGGGCUUCAAACCAGCACGUAUCCUGGAGAAUCUUUAUUUUCAAUCACGCUCGCGAUAUCGGGGCUUAUUCUCUUCGCUCUGUUGAUCGGUAACAUGCAGACGUACCUGCAAUCUCUUACGAUCCGGCUCGAAGAAAUGAGAGUUAAGAAGCGUGACUCGGAACAGUGGAUGCACCACAGGUUACUUCCACAAGACCUUCGUGAGCGUGUGAGACGGUACGAUCAGUACAAGUGGUUAGAAACCCGUGGAGUCGAUGAAGAGAAUUUGGUUCAAAGUUUACCCAAAGAUCUUAGACGGGACAUAAAACGCCAUCUUUGUCUCUCUUUGGUCAAACGGGUUCCUCUGUUCGAAAACAUGGAUGAGAGAUUGCUCGACGCCAUUUGCGAGCGAUUAAAGCCGUGUUUAUACACCUGUCAUUCGUAUAUCGUUCGCGAAGGAGAUCCCGUUGACGAAAUGCUCUUCAUAAUCCGCGGCCGUCUCGAGAGCGUAACCACCGAUGGCGGCAGAAGCGGUUUUUACAACCGCGGUUUGCUUAAAGAAGGAGAUUUCUGCGGAGAAGAGCUUCUAACGUGGGCCCUCGAUCCUAAAUCCGGUUCUAAUCUUCCGUCUUCGACUAGAACCGUAAAAGCACUAAAAGAGGUGGAGGCGUUUGCGUUAUCCGCCGACGAGUUAAAAUUCGUUGCGGGCCAGUUCAGGCGGCUGCACAGCCGACAGGUGCAACACACCUUCAGAUUCUACUCGCAGCAGUGGCGGACAUGGGCGGCGUGUUUCAUUCAGGCCGCGUGGCGGAGACACUGCAAGCGGAAAAUGAUCGAGCAGCGGCAUAAGGAGGAGGUAGAGAUGGAACUCGCUGGCGGUGAUGGUGAUGGAGGUUCUCGCAGCCUUGGUACUACCUUCUUGGUGUCGAAAUUCGCGGCCAAUGCUCUACGUGGGGUCCACCGGAACCGGAAUGUGAAGACCGGUAGAGAAUUGGUUAAUUUACCGAAACCACCGGAGCCGGAUUUUACGGCUGAUGCUGAUUAGUUUUGGUUGUUGAUACUUGUUCACAUGUGAAAGGUGUUGGUAAUUUUUUUGCUGUAACUAAUGGUGGUGGUAUAUACAGCAUUACAAUUACUCUAAUAGUAAUUUUAUUACUCAAUUAUUUUUUAGAAAAA